GGCCAGGCUGCGCGUCCGAGCCGCCAUUAUGGACACGAGUCGUGUGCAGCCUAUCAAGCUCGCCAGGGUCACCACGGUGCUGGGCAGGACCGGUUCCCAGGGACAGUGCACGCAGGUACGCGUGGAAUUCAUGGAUGACACGAGCCACUCCAUCAUCCGCAACGUGAAAGGCCCCGUGCGGGAGGGCGACGUCCUCACCCUGCUGGAGUCGGAGCGAGAGGCUAGGAGGCUGUGCUGAGCUGAUGCCCGUGGGUCCUCCUGGAUGU